UGUGUGGGGUGGUGGGGGUGGUGAUUGGAGAGGGUCUCUAUCAAUGCUCUUUUUAUUUUUUCUUUUUAAAUUCUUAUCCAAAUUGUCGGUACCAACUUAUCGUUUUCUAUUUCCAAAACAAAAAUAUAUGAUCAUUUUCAGGAAAAUUGCCCUUUCAUAUCUGUGCUACUACAAAUUGGUGUCUACAGAGUGGACACACAUAUCUAAUCAACUAAAAAUUAUAAACACAACAUUCAACAACAAAAAAUUAUGAAGUAUAUAUCCCACCCAUUAUACAAAUAUAUAUAUUUAAAUUGUGUUUCGAUCAUAAAUUUAAGUAAGAAUUUAGAAAAAAAAAAUUAAAUGAGAUAAAUGUGAAUGAAAUAUAAGUUAAAUUUUCUUUAUUUCUCUUUUUAUUUUUAAAUCUCUCUUUAAAUUCAUAAUUCUAAUAUUGAGGUUGAGGAAUUUACAAGAGAUAAAUUAAGAAAAACGAGAAGUACCUGGAAGCAAAUUAACUUGAAACCAGAGAGAGAGAGAGAGAGAGAGAGAGAGAAUGGAGGGGAUUGAUGUCGAAAGCAAAGACGAAGCUCUGAAAUCUCAGGUCGCCAUUCGUUGUGCGAGAGCCGCAAUGCUCCUUUCGUCUCUAAAAUGUUCCCCAAAACGCCGCCUCGAUUCACCAAACGACCUCGAACACAGGGAAAGGGAGAUGAAGCUGAAGAGAGAUUCAGAGGAUCUGAGGAGGAAACUGGUGAGGGAGAGAGUGAAGAAUCGAAAGCUGAGACUUUGCAGCGUGACGGAGUUGCUUCUGCAGAUGGGGAUUUUGAUGUCUCUCUGGACUCUCUGUUUAAUCAUCGCCUUCAAAUUCCUCUGAAAAGUUUCACAUCAUCAUCAUCCAUUUCCAUUUUCAUUUGACGAGUACUGAUACAAACAAUUUGAUCCACUAGAAAAUUCACUUCAGUCUGUAUUUGUAUUGAUCAUCUUUGCCUAUAUAGAACAAAACAUUACUACAUUGUAACUUGCAAUUGAAAUUUAGAACUACAUUGUAACAGAAUGAAUUCUCUUUGAAUUGCAUCUACAUACCUUGAUUGAGUUAGAUUACAGCGAAGAGUAAAAUGAACAUUAAUAUUGCUACUAGCCUGAGGUGAGAACUCUUGUUUUACCUCCGUUAACAUUACGCUCGCUGUAAGUUCUGUGAAGAAACAAUGACAAAUAAGCCCCAAAUUGGAGAACUUCUUCAUGAACCUUCGCCCCCAGGUUAUA